ACAAUAUUCAGCGGUCGCAGAUUUUGGCGUAACACCGGGUCGCUCACGUAUGGAGAGAGGUGACGUAUUUAGAAGGAUCCGGAAGUAACGCACAAACCGUAAACAAGGAAAGGCUGUUGGAGAAGAUGGUCUACGUGUCUAAUGGUCAGGUUCUGGACAGCAGAACCCAGUCACCGUGGCGACUGUCUCUCUUGGUUGAUCUCUUCUGGGGAGCGGUAGAGUUCAUCGGCUUGUUUUUUCAGACACUGGUUCAGCCUGAUUUGACAAAGGAUGGAAACUCUGGCAUGUCACGCUUCACUGAUGGCAGAGGCCCUCCAGGGCCUCCUGGUGGCAGAAGGCGGAUGGGCAGAAUAAACCAUGGUGGAGGUCCCAGUGCUCCACCCAUGGCAGGAGGAGGAUGAGGAAGGUAAAUGCCUACACAUCCAGUGUAGGCGUGGGGUGCGGCAUGUCUGUUUGUUGCGAACUUAAGCGAUGAGGACGUCACGUGCUGGCACCCUUCUUCAUUGGCUGCUUCUGCCACAUGCAGAUUCUUGAUGCCUUCUUGGGAAUUCCUACAUUAGGGGCCAGGAUGGCUGAUAAAGCAGCUGCUCACAUCACUUACCCCCCUCUUUGUUUCUGACCCUUCCCCAUCAUAACAAUUCCUCAUAGGAGUUUAUAUCAUUCAUGUCGGCCACUCAGAGAAUCAUUAAGCUAGUAAGUCCUUGUUUUAUAUCCUUCUGUUUUAAGUAAAGGUUUGUGCUGGGAAAACAUGUUAAACUUACAUUGUAUUUCACCGAUACCAUCCCUCUAGAAUGAUAUUAUCCACCUUUACACUUAUGUGGUAGGUUGUUGUGCUUGCAUUGUUUUAAAAAAACGUUUAUUUCCAUUUACUUUCACUACUUUUCACAUAUCAGAAUUUGAAAACUUUGUAAAUUUUGUGAGCUGGGUGUUUAAUUUAAACUGCAUCAUUCAAGUUGGCUAGUUUUUUUAGGUUUCAUUUUGAUACACUUCAGAGGAAGUAUCCAAUGGAGUUAAUUUAUUUACAGUUUCAAACUUCUGCAACUAUAAACAAGGAAAAAUAUUUAUAAAAAUCCAAACUGGAAAAUUACCCCCAUUCAUUGCUGGUAAAAACUGCAGAACCGGAAAAUAUGAAUUAAACGAUCCUCAUCCAGGUUUCUGAUUCAUACGCAAUGCACAUGAAUUAUGUUUAUGUGUACCAGGAUUAUUCAGCCACAUUUUCCCUUUGGGUUACUUGGCCAGCAGUUAUCAGGUUAAAACGUCUGCUUUUGAAAAAAGCAAAACAAAUGUGCAUUGUUUUAGUACAUGUAUUUGCUUUUAAAAAUACAUUUUACAAUUGCAUCAUCUGAAGUGUUGUUUUGUGUCAAAGGCCAUAAGGUAAUGAUUCCCUGUGAUAAUGUUCCAUGAGGAGUUUUAACUUGUAGGGGGAUUAAUCUCACUGUCUCAUACUAUGUUAAGCCUCUUUGUUAGCUGUUGAAAAUGUAUUGUGAAAAGUGUUUUAGCUUUUUCAAUAUGCUUUACAAAGCAAGACAACAACAGACCUAGAUAAUACAAAAAGUUAAUAGCCAAAACAAAGCUGCAGCCAUAAGACUAGGGUUUGGGUGAAUCAUGGCGAGGGGAAGAGGGGGAACUGUUGUGUUCAAAGUUCAAGGCUUACUUCUACCAGAAUGUUUUCUCUGGUAUUUUCUUCCUGUUUCACAGUCCUUCUUAUAAAAGAUUCCACUGUACCCCCACGUUUU